GAUUCUCAUAUGGGAGCCUUACUUUCUAGAGAGCACUUAAGUAACCCUUCUUCUUAUUUUUGUUUACGACGGAUACUUAAGGGGAAGGGUCUAAGGGCUAGGGGAGCGCAACGCCUUUGUAAUCAGAGGCAAGAUAGUGAGGGCGCCGAUAAUCUAUCGGGUCUAAGUAGUAGUCUCCCUGAGCGUUAUAAUUACCCGUUGAUACCUGCUAGGAGAAACAAGCAGAAGGCGUCCAUUUCGGGAGCCAAGCCUGAAUUUACGUUAGCUAACCCCUCUAACCGGGUAGCGGAACUCCCAGCAAAUGGAUUGAAGCUGGCUCAUAGACCGGAGCACGUGGACAUAGCUGGGGAGAGAAUGCUGACAUGA